AUGGCCGCGGCGGACGUGGCGGCGGGCCUGGGCGAGCACUGGCGGGCGGAGCUGCCCGGCCACGCCGUGCUGUGCCGCCUGAAGGAGCAGGCCGCGGAGGCCGAGCCGGCGCCGGGCGACGAGAGGGCCCGGCCGGCGCUGCCGCGGGACUUGAUGUUCGGCUUGGGCGGCGAGCUCUUCCUGUGGGACGGCGAGCGCAGCGCCUUCUACGCCCUCAGCCUGAGGAGCCUCGGCGCCGGCGAGCACGACGGGCUGGGCCGGUACCAGACUCUGCUCUGCAUAAAUCCACCCUUUUUUGAGGUCUACCAAACUUCCUUGAGUCCUACACAACAGCAUGUGGCUCUCAUAGGAACAAAAGGGCUAGCGAUCCUGGAAUUACCAAAACGCUGGGGAAAGAACUCUGAAUUGGAAGGUGGAAGGGCAAAAAUUAAUUGUAGCACCAUUCCUAUCGCGGAAAGGUUCUUCACCAGCUCGACAUCUCUGACACUGAAGCAUGCCGCCUGGUACCCGAGCGAGAUGCUGGAACCCCAUAUAGUGCUCCUAACCUCCGACAACACGAUCAGGAUUUACAGCUUGAAUUCACCCCAGACGGCUGUGAAAGUAGUCUCUCUUUCAAAUACUGAUGAGGAGACUCUCAGGCUCAAUAAGGGGAGAGCCUAUACAGCACUGAUGGGAGAGACUGCGGUGGCAUUCGACUUUGGGCCCCUAGCGGCCGUUCCCAAGAACAUCGCUGGGCAGCGAGGGAAAGCUGAAGAAGUGCUGGCGUUCCCACUCUACAUCUUGUAUGAAAACGGGGAGACCUUCCUGACCUACCUCAGUCUCCUGCACAGCACCGGAAACCUCGGCAAGCUGUUGGGCCCGCUGCCAAUGCACCCUGCAGCUGAAGACAACUACGGCUACGACGCGUGUGCGGUUCUCUGCCUCCCCUGCAUUCCCAACAUCUUGGUCAUUGCCACCGAAUCCGGAAUGCUUUAUCACUGUGUGGUGCUGGAGGGAGAAGAAGAUGACGAACAGAUGUCCGUCAAAUCCUGGGAUUCCAAAACGGACCUCAUCCCAUCGCUCUACGUCUUCGAAUGCGUCGAAUUGGAGCUUGCGCUGAAACUGGCACCGAGGAAGGGGGAGGAGACUCUGGGGUCGGACUUCUCUUGCCCCAUCAAACUGCACAGAGAUCCCAAGUGUUCCUCUCGCUAUCACUGCACACAUGAUGCUGGCGUACACAGCGUUGGACUCACCUGGAUCCACAAACUACACAAGUUCCUUGGCUCAGAUGAGGAAGACAAGGAUAGUUUGCAAGAACUCGGGGCGGAACAGAAGUGCUUUGUAGAGCACAUCCUUUGCACCAUGCCUUUGUCGUGCAGGCAACCUGCCUCGAUUCGAGGGUUUUGGAUCGUCUCGGACAUCCUGGGUCCCACGAUGGUCUGCCUCACCAGUACCUACGAAUGCAUCACCAAGCCUCUUCUCUCUGCGGUCCACCCAGCAUCCCCUCCGCUUCUGUGUACCAUGGAAGACUCUCAAGUGACAGCCUCUCCUCUCCGCAUCCUGGGAGAAUCGCAGGAUUCUUUUGAGAGACACAUCCGAAAUAUCCUGUCUCGGAGCUCUGCUAACCCACUGCUGCUGAAGGCUGCAGAUAAGGAGUCCUCCCCGCCCCCCGAAGAAUGCCUCCAGCUUCUCAGCAGAGCCACACAAGUGUUUAGGGAAGAAUAUAUUCUGAAACAAGAUCUGGCUUUAGAGGAAAUCCAACGGAGAGUCAGAUUGUUGUAUGAGCAGAAAAAGAAACAGCUGGAAGAUCUUGGCUACUGCCGAGAAGAAAGGAAGAGUUUGAGGGAAAUGGCCGAGCGCUUGGCAGACAAGUACGAAGAAGCCAAAGAGAAGCAAGAAGACAUUGUGAACAGGAUGAAGAAAGUGCUCCGCAGCGUCCACUCCCAGCUGCCUGUCCUGUCCGACAGCGAGAAGGACAUGAAGAGAGAACUGCAGACCAUCCAGGAACAACUGCGCCACUUAGGGAACGCCAUCAAGCAAGUGAAGAUGAAAAAGGACUAUCAGCAGAGGAAAAUGGAGAAGGGCGCCAGCCCCCAGAAGCCCAGCAUCAGCCUCAGCGCCUACCAGCGGAAAUGCAUCCAGGCCGUUUUGAAAGAGGAGGGAGAGCACAUACGGGAGAUGGUGAAACAGAUCAACGACAUCCGAAACCAUGUGACCUUCUAGCAGUUUGCU